CUCGCGCGCUUACGUCACAGCUUCUUGUGACAUCAGAGCUGCAGCAUGGCGGUCAAGGUGCAGUCAACAAAAAGGGCAGAGGUCAGCGAAUUAAAGGGAGUAUUUCUGAAGUUUUGCAGCGUGACCAAGGAUGGGGAGCAGUUCAUGACUCCGACAGACUUCGUGCAGAGAUAUUUGGGCUUACACACAGAUCCACUAUAUAACCCAAAGACUGUACAGCUUCUAGCUGGGGUGGCAGAUCAAACUAAAGAUGGGUUGAUCUCUUUUCAAGAAUUCCUGGCAUUUGAAUCUGUCCUUUGUUCCCCUGAUGCCUUGUUUAUGGUGGCUUUUCAACUAUUUGACAAGAAUGGCAAUGGAGAGGUGACAUUUGAAAAUGUUAAAGAGAUCUUCAGCCAAACAAUUAUUCAUCAUCAUAUCCCUUUUAAUUGGGAUUGUGAGUUUAUACGGCUCCACUUUGGAUUUGACAGGAAAAAGCACCUCAGCUAUUCUGAAUUUACACAAUUUUUACAGGAACUACAACUUGAACAUGCAAGGCAAGCUUUUGCACUCAAGGACAAAAACAAAAGUGGUACAAUUGUAGCAUUAGAUUUCAGUGAUAUCAUGGUUACAAUUCGUUCACAUAUGCUCACUCCUUUUGUUGAGGAGAAUCUUGUUUCAGUAGCAGGUGGAACUAGUUCUCAUAAUGUCAGCUUUUCUUAUUUCAAUGCUUUCAACUCUUUGUUGAAUAAUAUGGAACUGAUUAGGAAGAUAUACAGCACUUUGGCAGGCACCAGAAAAGAUGUGGAAGUUACUAAAGAGGAGUUUUCUCAUGCUGCCAAUAAAUUUGGACAGAUUACACCUCUGGAAGUUGAUAUCCUUUUCCAGCUUGUGGCUCUGUAUAGUCCAACCGGACGAGUCUCUCUGGCAGAUAUUGAAAGAAUAGCACCAUUGGAGGAAGGAGCCCUACCCUAUAACCUGGCUGAAAUCCAGAGGCAGCAAUCAUUCAGUGAUACUAGAAGGCCUAUAUGGCUCCAAGCUGCUGAAUCUGUUUACAGGUUCACUUUGGGCUCAAUUGCUGGAGCGGUGGGAGCAACUGCAGUUUAUCCUAUUGAUUUAGUGAAGACUCGAAUGCAGAACCAGCGCUCUACAGGAUCCUUCAUUGGAGAACUGAUGUACAAAAAUAGUUUUGACUGUUUCCAGAAAGUUGUGCGUUAUGAGGGGUUUUUUGGCCUUUAUAGAGGUCUUUUACCACAGUUGUUGGGUGUUGCUCCGGAAAAAGCCAUUAAACUUACUGUAAAUGAUUUUGUGAGAGACAAGUUCACACAAAGAGAUGGCUCAAUUCCUGUACUUGCAGAAAUCUUGGCUGGUGGCUGUGCUGGAGGCUCUCAAGUAAUCUUUACAAAUCCAUUGGAAAUAGUGAAAAUUCGAUUGCAAGUUGCAGGAGAGAUUACCACUGGUCCUAGAGUCAGUGCACUUUCUGUAAUGCGUGACCUUGGAUUUCUGGGUUUAUACAAGGGUGCUAAAGCGUGUUUCCUUCGUGAUAUCCCAUUCUCUGCAAUCUACUUUCCUGUUUAUGCUCACACUAAGCUAUCCUUUGCAGAUGAGCAGGGUAGGUUGGGUCCAUUGCAACUUCUUGCAGCUGGUGCUAUUGCAGGUGUUCCAGCUGCUUCAUUAGUAACUCCUGCAGAUGUCAUCAAAACAAGACUUCAAGUAGCAGCUCGUGCUGGGCAAACUACCUACAGUGGUGUUAUUGAUUGUUUCCGAAAGAUCUUUAGAGAAGAAGGUCCUAGAGCAUUUUGGAAGGGAGCAGGAGCCCGAGUCUGUCGGUCUUCUCCUCAGUUUGGUGUAACUCUAUUGACAUAUGAACUUUUGCAAAGAUGGCUUAAUAUUGACUUCGGGGGAAUCAAACCAGUUGGUUCUGAGCCUACACCAAAAUCUAGGAUUUCUGACCUUCCUCCAGUCUCUCCUAAUCACAUUGGAGGAUACAAACUAGCUGCUGCUACUUUUGCUGGUAUUGAAAACAAGUUUGGGCUUUACCUGCCUAAAUUUAGAUCUUCAGACCAUCCACAGGUAUUGGCUGUUUCUCCAAAGUCUUAGGAGAUCUCUUUUAUGAGGUGCAAUCAAGUAACAUGGAGCAAUGUUGAAAAUAAUAGCUGCAUAUUGGUGGAGGUCAGUUCAAAUUUGAUUGAAAUCAUGUAUUUCCUAAUUAAAUUUUUGUAUUAAUAUGUCUGAAUUGUUUGCAUUGCAGAAAAUUGUCAUCAGACAUUAUUUGUAUAAUUUUAGAAAUCAUAAAAGACAAAAACAAGGAAAGUUAAUGCAGCUAGAAAUACUUAAAACAAAUUAAGUAAUGAUUGUUUCAGAAAGCAGUGUAUACAGUCGGUGAUUCUGGUUUGAAGAGUUAAUUCUUCUGUUAUGCUAACUCAUGAUCACUUUAAACAAAAAAUUAUUGAUGUGCUUUUCCUUGGUCAGUCAUUUUCCUCUGUUGCUUAUUGAUGCAUCAGAAAUAGUUCAAAACAGUACUUGUUGAGAACAGUACUAUAUUAAACUUGGUAUUCAUGAAAAAAUAUCUAAUGUUACAAAGACUAAUGCACAUCUUAUUUUGUUGUCUCAAUGGCUUAUUUUCUGUUUAUUAAAAUUGUGGUAUACAAAGUUAUAAAAAUAGUUUCACAGUAAUAUGACUGGAUCUAAGAAAAAUACCUACAAAAUUGAAAUCCACCUGCUUUCUUGAAACUGUGAAUAAGAACAAUAAACUGUGAAUGUGGCAGGUUGGUUAUGUUGUUUUAGAUAUCAAGAUUCCAGCUCAGUUAUGGAUCACGAUUAAAGAACACUCUCCAAUUAUUGGCAAUGAGUUAUGGCAUUUCACAAAGAACAGUUGCAGCAAAAUAUUUUGCCAUUAACUUUUUUACGCUCUUCACCUUAUCCUGUGUAAUAGAGUUGCCUACUUCUAGGAUUUUGCACAAAAUCUGCAUGUUUGACAUACAGUGAAAGCAUGAUCUUCAUGCUAGGUUUAAGGAGGAUUCCAAUUCAUGGACCUUGUGGUAAUUACACUAUGAGGCAGAGGUAAUAAUAAUAAUACUGAUUUGUUACUCUAAGAGGAAGGUAGAAAUAUUCAGGUUCAAGAUGUUGUGACUUAUGGCAUUCAUCAAGGGUAUUGUCUUUGGUGGAAAAGUAUACCCAUCAUAGUAGAAAAGUUGGUCACUUCAAGUCUAUUAAAGCCAGUAAUUGCAAGAUAAAUAAAUAAAUUGAUAUUAUUCUUUGUGUUUACCUUUAUAGCUGAUUUUAAAUAAAAUUAUUAUCCAUG